AAGCAUCUGGAACGCAACUAAUGUGUUUAUGCAAACAAUUUUAACCAAAAUUCGUGAAAUUAGCUCCUGAAUUGAUUUGCACCUAAACGUAGGAAUCGUAGGAAUAUGCGCCGUCACGCAAGCGAGAUUAUAAAGCACGUGGAGACGUCCAGUAACACACACAAACCAGUGCGAUGAAUUAUUGCAUGCCAUAUAAAACUGUCUGCUUUUGUUUGAUUCCAUCACGUAUCACCAAAGAACGUAGAUAACGUUCUUUGGUAUCACCGGAUUAUUUAUCGAGUAAUCGUUUAACAAUACAGCAGUGGUUACCCGUUGGAUAUUCCAUGACUACAAUAAACAAAUAUUGGAGCUCGUUUGAAUUAUUUGGAUGCUUAUUAAUUUUACAAGAGUUAUGUUUUUAAAUAAUUUUGGUGAACCAGUUGCAGUAGAGGAUUUCGCAGUCAACAAUUUGGAUCGUGACGCUCCUUUGCUGUUGGCUUCUCCAAAUCAAAUAAUAAGCACUCUUCCAGAAAGUUGGUCCGGUAUUGUAUACACAACUCGACGUAUUGUAAGCGACCUAAAGCGAACUGACAAACUUAAGCUUUUAGAACAAAAGCGGCUACAGGAAUUGCAAGAAAACAAAGCCACGGAGGUAAGAUUAUCAAAUGACAGUCGUAUUUCCAUAACUGCAUUUGUGUGGACAAAAGGAAAGCAGGAACCGAAACUAAUUUUCCAAGUUAAAGAUAAAUAUUUAACGAGAAUAUGCGUGGAUGCUCUUGCCAAUAAUCUUAACAUCAUUAUCACGAAUAACGUCUUAAGAAAAGCCAUAAAGGACGGAAUAGACAUCGUGCACUUUAAUGAUAGAUUUGCCAAAGAUUGUAGUCCCAAAGAUCCAAAAGUUCAGCACAUUUGGUAUAGGCUGCACAUAUUAAUUUAUCUACUUCGACCAAAAAAGGUAUGUGGCUUGUACAAUACCACGAUGCCGAAAUAUGUUAUACAAUGCUGUAACAAACCUGAUCUAAACCGCUUUGUAUAAGCAUAUCUAGGAUUGAAAUAAAACUAAUUCAAAGAUUUAUAUUAA